AUGCCUAGAGCCCUGGCCUAUAGAGGUUUAUAUGACAAACAUAAUCUUACCCUGGGCAUCGUGGCCUGCCAUUUUGUAAAUGAACUUAUUGAGGACAGAUCAGGAAUAUUUUUAAGGGUAUCUUGCAAUAUAUUCAGAACUCUCCCUCCUAGUGACAGCAACGAAUUUGAUCCAGAAGAAAAUGAACUUACCAUUGAGGCAUCAUUUCCACACUUACAGCUUGUAUAUGAAUUUUUCAUCCGAUUUUUGGAAAGCCAAGAAUUCCAACCUAGCAUUGUCAAAAAAUAUAUAGAUCAGAAAUUUGUAUUACAGCUUUUGGAGCUAUUUGACAGUGAAGACCCUCGGGAACGGGACUACUUAAAAACAGUCUUACACAGAAUUUAUGGCAAGUUUCUUGGUCUUAGAGCAUUUAUCCGAAAACAGAUUAACAAUAUUUUUCUAAGGUUUGUUUAUGAAACAGAACACUUCAAUGGUGUAGCUGAACUGCUGAAAAUAUUAGGAAGUAUUAUCAAUGGCUUUGCUUUGCCUCUUAAGGCGGAACACAAACAGUUCCUGGUGAAAGUGUUGAUCCCUUUACACACCGUCAGGAGCUUAUCACUCUUCCAUGCCCAGCUGCCGUAUUGUAUAGUACAGUUUCUGGAGAAAGAUCCUUUACUCACAGAACCAGUUAUUAGGGGUUUAAUGAAAUUUUGGCCUAAAACAUGUAGUCAAAAAGAGGUCAUGUUCCUUGGGGAGCUGGAAGAAAUAUUGGAUGUGAUUGAACCUUCACAAUUUGUUAAAAUUCAAGAACUUUUGUUUAAACAAAUUGCCAAGUGUGUAUCUAGCCCCCAUUCUCAGGUGGCAGAAAGGGCACUCUGUUAUUGGAAUAAUGAAUACAUCAUGAGUUUGAUAGAAGAAAACUCUAAUGUCAUCCUUCCCAUCAUGUUUUCCAGUCUUUAUAGGAUUUCGAAAGAGCAUUGGAAUCCGGCUAUCGUGGCGCUAGUGUACAACGUGCUGAAGGCAUUCAUGGAAAUGAACAGCACCAUGUUUGACGAGCUGACAGCCACAUACAAGUCAGAUCGUCAGCGUGAGAAAAAGAAAGAAAAGGAGUGUGAAGAAUUGUGGAAAAAAUUGGAGGAUCUGGAGUUAAAGAGAGGUCUUAGACGUGAUGGCAUAAUUCCAACUUAACAGAAAUAAUGAGAACAACAUUACUAACCUGUGGAGUCACACAUUAUGUAGUAGAAGAGGGAGCAACAGUUUUCUGUAUUGUGCAACUUUACAGUAGAUUUCACAUUUGUUUCAUUAUUACAACAGCACUGUAUAUACCUGUCUCUAAGUAAAGGAAAAAAAAAUAAGGACUUCAAUCCAAAGUUUGGACAGUAGAUGGACUUCUCAGAACUUUGCAAACAUAAUCAUUGUUCUAACCCUCUUUUAAAAAAAGCGAUCUUCAGAGAUCUGUUGAUGAAAAUGCUGUGUUAAAAUUCCAUUACGGGGAGUUCCUUAUUUAUACCUAGCAGAGAGUCUGUUACAAUUUUCAAAUGUGAACAAUCUUAAAUUUAGCUUGUCUUUCUGCUAAGCUGUUAAAUGUAUUUAUAGUAAAGGGAGAAAAAAAGACUGUCAUUUCCUUAUAAGUUUGUAUAACAUCCUCCUCUGGAUAACGUGACUGUAAUUGGACAUCUUUUCCUUUUGCACAUCUUCCUGAGUUGAAUGUUCUUGUGAAACGGGGCCAUGAAUUAUUAUAAAGGUCCCUGAUAAAAGUUUUGUUUACUGGGGUGAACAUCUUUCCAAUAACCAGGUAGUCCUGGUCCUCCUUUAGUUUUAAAAUUAGGAGUAAAAACGGAAGGGAUGAUAAACAUAGUAGGGAAGGGAAAUUUGGAUUCAUACGUUCAGUUUAUGGUGAAUCCAAAUCAAAGUCUUGAAUCCUUUGAAAGCAGACACUGGGACAUCACAGGCUUCAGUCCCUGACCAGUAUCAGUUGCAUACAUCAUUGGACACACACCAGAGAUGUUUUAGAAAUGUCAGAAAAACAUCCUUUUGGAUCAUUUGAAAUAGGAAAAACAAACACUUAAUAAUACAACCAUGAAAUUGAUCACCAGGAUUGUGAAUCUAAUUGGGAAAAGAAGAGCAAACAGCUUGGACUGUUUGGAGUUGUUGCCUUACUUUUUAAUAUGUAUUUAUAAAGUAUUCCAGCAAAAGAGGAUGUAGCCUCUGGGAAAAAACAAACCUGUUCAGUGUUUUUUGUAGAUUCUCGUUCAGUAUCUCAUCACAGCGCCAGCCCUGUUUUUAGCCAGAAAGGAUUCAGGAUAACAUUAUUAUGCAUUCUAAAGUGGAUGCGUAUUCCUAACUACUGUAUUUGUUACCAAAAGUGGUUCUGAAAUGCUACUGAAAAAAAUCUGGAAAUUCCUAAUGUCCUGAGUAUUAAUAAUAAAGUUUUAAAAUGCUUUUAUAUCAAAGGUGCAUCGUGACCAAAUUGUUUAAGAAAAAACAAAACAAAAUCUAGGGCUGUGUAUAUCUUAUUGGCUCUCUGCUUUGUAUUUAAAAAAAGAGUCUUAGGUUAAUAGGUAAACUGCUGUUCAAACUGUGUACAAUAUGUACUUCCCUGAUGGAGCUGCCUUGUUAUGUACUGAAACGUAUGUGUCUGGGGAUUUGCUUCCAGGAUGUUUUUGCUUAUUACGGACAUGGCAGCUGUGAGUUGAUGACCCUGGCCAUCACUUCCAGCAGUGUUCAUGGUGUGGAGCUGAAUCUGUGUUCAUGUAUUGAACUGUGAUGGUAGCAAACAGGAACAUACGAACUGUUGCUUUUCCUAGACACAAUAUAAAUAUGGGCUUGUAUGUUUUUCCUUUCAUUUAAAUAUAAAGUAGAAUAAGCAGUUUUAUUGUUUUCAAGAAAAAAGGUGGGGGAAGCCACUGACCUUUCUCCCCCAAGAAGUGUUUCAGGAUUAUCCAGGUCACAGUGUAUAUGGAAGAGUCAGCUAAUUAUGGAUUUUGUCAUCUUGGUCAUGUUGAGGAAAAAAAACAAAACAAAAACAAAAGUUGGCAUAGUUAAUUCCUAAAAAGAAACAUCAGUAAAAAGAUCAUAUGCAGCACCAAACACAACAUGGUUCAAUGGAGUUAAUAGAUUUUUUUUUUUUUUUAAAAAAAGCAUUAGUGGGAAUUCAAUGUAAAGUUGGCAGAGGCUACAAAGACAAAACAACUUACUUUAAAAGUGUUGGAAUAAAGGUGCAAGUUCAAUACUAAUGGUAAAAAAUAAAUUUGUAGCAAAUAUUCUUCUUUAGCCCUUUUGAUUUUAGCUUUUUAGUUUUGACACUGCAGUACAUUUACUUUUGAUAGUAUCAACUUUUUGCCAUGAAUUCAUCUUCUUAGAUAAAGGACAUUGAGAUCAUAGGUUUAUGAAGAAUCUCUGCCUGUUAGAAUGAGAUGCAGUCAGUCAUUUGAAAGGAGAAAGGCCAGGUUCAUUUUUUACACCUUACCCUGUCCUCAGAGUUAAGGUGAAACUACACAGAUAUCCUUAAUGUAAAUUUUGAAUGUUGAUCAUUCCAAACCGAGGAGAAUAAAG